GGAAGGGGAAGCCGAGGGUGAGAGGGGUAGUUGGCAUGAGCGUUGCGAGGGGCGACCCGCGUCGUCGUCGCGCUCGCGCAUCAAAAUCACAACGACGCGAGCAGAGCAGCGGCGCAACAAAGCGAUGACGACCCGUGCCUAGCUACCUAAACCCAUUUGCUACUGGUUGGGCGGGGCGCAGGCGGAGAGACCCACGAGGCGGAGAAGGCGAGGCAGGGGCGAGGGAGGAGAUGGCGUCGGCGGGCGUGGUCGCGGCGGCGGUGGUGGUGGCGGCGUUUGCGGCGUUCUGCGCGACGGACCCGCUGCGGCUGGGCAGCAUGGUGGACUUCCCGGGCUUCGAGGCGCACGUCGUCGAGCUCCCCGACGCGGCGGAGAUGCCCCCGCACGCGGACGCCGGCGAGCGGCUCCGGGGCGCGGAGAUCCGGUUCCGCGGCGAGGUCCAGGGCCCCGAGAGCGUCGCCUUCGACCCGCAAGGCCGCGGGCCCUACACCGGCGUCGCCGACGGCCGCGUCCUCUUCUGGGACGGCGCCCGCUGGGUCUACUUCGCGCACGCCUCCCCGAACUGGACCGCCGAGCUCUGCGGGCCCAAGGCGUCGCCGCUGGAUUUCCUCAGGGACGAGCACAUCUGCGGCCGCGCGCUCGGCAUCCGGUUCGACAAGCGGACCGGGAACCUCUACAUUGCAGAUGCUUACUUCGGCCUCUUCAAGGUCGGGCCCGAGGGCGGGCUGGCCACGCCGCUCGCCACGGAGGCCGAGGGCGUGCGCUUCAACUUCACCAACGACCUCGACCUUGACGCCGAAGGGAACGUCUACUUCACGGACAGCAGCAUCUACUACCAGAGAAGGAAUUUCAUGCAAUUAGUUUUCUCUGGGGAUCCCUCCGGGAGGCUCUUGAAAUACAACCCGCAAACAAAAGAAACAACAGUUCUUCAUCGCAACCUCCAAUUUCCCAAUGGGGUGAGUUUAAGUAAGGAUGGCUCAUUCUUCGUCUUCUGUGAAGGAUCUCGUGGAAGGCUAAGCAGAUAUUGGUUGAAGGGUGAGAAGGCUGGAACCGUAGAUCUUUUCGCCAUCCUGCCUGGAUUUCCAGACAAUGUGAGGACCAAUGAGAAGGGUGAAUUCUGGGUAGCGAUCCAUUGCCGACGCAGCGCAUAUGCCCGACUCACAAGUCGCCGUGUCCAGUUGAGGAAGUUCUUGCUCAGCCUCCCGAUCCCCGCCAAGUAUCACUACCUGAUGCAAAUUGGCGGCAAUCUGCACGCGCUGAUCAUCAAGUACAGCCCUGACGGGGAGGUGCUUGACAUCUUGGAGGACACUAAAGGGCAGGUAGUGAGAGCUGUCAGUGAAGUGGAGGAGAAGGAUGGGAAGCUCUGGAUAGGAUCUGUUCUCAUGCCCUUCAUUGCUGUUUUCGACUAUGCCAAGGAAUCUUAGCUGCCCGAGAUGCCGUUGCACACUUUGACGCUUGAUCCAAAUAAAAUUUGGUCUUGAAGCAACCUAGAUUUGUUUGAUGUUUCAGCCUUUCGCCAGUAGUAACUGUAACGCGCUGACAUUUAGUUUCUCACUGGGAUCUUCAGCGAAGACCUCAUCAUUUAUUUCGAGUCCAUAUUUGUCAAGUGCUGUUUGCUUGAUCUCUUUGGAUUUCCUGUCGUUCAAUUCAGAAAGUGCUGUUACACGUUGUCA